GGAGGAGAGAGCUGGGAGUGAGGGGGGAGAGCAGGCAGCUUCCUGCAGACAGAGCCCACCCAGACACCAGGGAGAUCAGAGGACAGACCCUGAGCCCCCCCCAGUAAUCCCAGGGACAUCUGUCACCAUCAGCAGGUGAGUGUCUAGCAUAGUGUGACCCAAAUCCCAUCCUCUCUGCAUGGCUUAAUGCCACCUCUCCCACCUACCCACCCUCUCUGCAUGGCUUAAUGCCACCUCUCCCACCUACCCACCCUCUCUGCAUGGCUUAAUGCCACCUCUCCCACCUACCCACCCUCUCUGCAUGGCUUAAUGCCACCUAUCCACCCUCUCUGCAUGGCUUAAUGCCACCUACCCACCCUCCAUGAAGCACAGUGUGACCCAUACCCCAUCCUCUCUGCAUGGCUUAAUGCCACCUCUCCUACCUACCCACCCUCCAUGGCUGCCCCCUCUCCUUGCUUGCUGCAGUCUACCAUCUCCCCUGUCACCUCUCUUCACAGCUCCCAGACACCAUGCUGUAAUUCCCCACCUUCAAUGUCCCCCUACUGUCCAUGAUCCCAGGUGUCAACUUAUACCUGCUGUCAUAACCUACCUGCUUUCCAACACUUCUGCUGUCAUCCACUUACUGCUAACUACCACCUCUGCUAUAAUUCUACCAUCUACCACCUUUACAGCACCCCCCACCCCUUAAUUUGGUGUCUGUGUCUCCUGCCCCCACUCCUUACCUUCUGUCUACCACCUUUGCUGACACUUGCUACCUGCUGUGUACUACUCCUGCUAUAUCCCCCUUCUGCUGACUCUCACUAUUGUUUUUACAUAGUAACAUAGAAAUAUAUAGGCUGAAACCAGACUUCCAACUCACCUACUACCUAUCUCACCUGUCAUCUACUUACUAUUUAUUUACUACUACCCCUGCUUGUUUAGUCACUUGAUUCUCAUCCCCUUUACUCUUCUACUCUUAUACAUAACUUCCCUUUUCAUUUUUAUAUUUUGUCGUUCCCCCUUGUCACCAACCUCCCCUCCUCCUUCUCACCCCCUUCAACUGUCACCCUCCCCCCUCUUCUCUGUCCGUUUGUGUCACCUGCCCGUCUCUCUUAUCCACUGGAGGCGACUUGGCAUCUGCCAAACACCGACACCUAUUGUCAUAUUUAACCCCUUGUCUGAUAAAAAGUUAAAUCUAUUUCCCCUGUUUUAUUUGGUUUAUGUUUAGUGGUCCCCAAUCCCCCCCUCCCCCCCAUUGCCUGCAGGUGAGUUUUAAGUCCCGUCCCCCCUCAAAUUAUUAACCUCUUUGAUACUCUUUCUAUAUACUAUUAGGUACAUUGUAACCAAACUGGUUAAUCAAGUUAGUAGUUUAUCCUUAUUUUGAAGAAUUUCUUGUAAUUCGAGCUGCUAGGUCCCCCUAGUCCCCUGUAUCUUGUUUUAUAGUCUCUCUUACAGACUUUACCCUUAGUCCCCUCCUUAUCUGUUCAAUAUCACCUUUACCUAUCCCACUUCUCGCGCCUCACCCUGAUCUACAGGUUCCUGUAAAGUCUAUAUUCUUUACAUGCGUUUUUUUUUUUUUUUUUUAAGGGGUGAAUUAUUUCUAUCAGGUGAGCUGCGUAGACUGUAUAAUAAUAAGCUAGGUGUUAAAUGGACAGGUGCUUUCUCAUCUGUCCAUCACGUCACUGGAUCGCCUGGAGGUAUCUUCAUGGCUUAGGUUUACUGUUAGACCCCGAAUGUCACCUUAUGGUCUCUAUACAGGGUUGUCACUAAUUCAUUUCUGGGAGAUCUGUUUCUCUCAUUCAGUUUCUUAGUAUACCGAUGACAUGAUCGAGGGGAGCACGCUUUUCCUGUUCCUGUUGUUAAGCUACUACUGACCAAAAACAAAUGAGCCCAACUUUGUCUUUUAGAAUUCUUAAAACCUUUUGGCUCUUAGAAAGAUAAAUGCAGGUAAAUAUGUGCGAUUUAUAGAGUGGUAAUUAGUUGUUGGGUCCUGGUUGCGUCAUUAGCUCCAGAUGCUCUAGAAAGGGUUAAUGAGAUCUUGUGCACCCCCCACCCACCAAGUCCUUGUGCCUGUCACCUCUCCCUGACUGCCCCUCCCUGUGCGGUUUAACCUGCUCGUAAUAAUCCCAGCUUUCCCUGCUGACGACAGACUGAGGGGUCUGUAAUUAUGGAGGUCGAUGUGGAUUUAUAGGAUAGGACACAAGAUUCCCACCUCUCUUCCUUAACCGUUUCCUUGCAGAGGCACCCAUGCUACAACAGGGCCUUAGAUGGAAACCUGCUGUUAGGGUUUUAAUUUGGGCCAAGGCUUUAAACACAAUGAAUCUCCAGGUGGACCCUUGGGUCUUCUGGGGAGAAAAUGGUUACUGGUGAAUUUCUUGCUAAGAGCCAUCACAGGUCAUGCUCUAUUUCUCUAUAACUAGGAAGUUCCUCUGUGUUCCAUGUAUCUGCAGACAGACCCAGUGCAUCUGCUGUCCUUCAAUUGCUUUAGAAGGUGUCCUGGUUUAACCCUUCGAGUGUCACAGUGGAGAGAUCUAUAUAUCCCUCCAGGCAGAGAAUGAGUUUAAGAUGCCCGCCUAUCAUUCUGAUGGACUCUUGGAGAGGGAGAUCAGGGUCAAAGGCUCUUAUCCUCUAUUGGAUUCAUUGGUUUCAGUUUAAAAUUGAGGAGUAUUUUUAUACUGCAAGGUAUGAGUUUAUCUUUUCAGGAAGAGUAGUGGAUGCAGGGAAUGGCUGCCCAGCUGAUAUUGUAAACACUGGUUGUUUUAAUUGUUUUCUCUUUAAUGCAGUGUGCAUUGAUCAGUUGUUGUUGUUGGAAUUGGCCCUGUUUUACUGUACGCACAUAAUGACUAGUUUAGGAGGUCCUAACAGUCUCCAGCAUAUAGAUAAGGAAGUAACUCCAUUAUCUGACCUCCAAAAGCCACAACCCUACUUAGAAACGCUCAGCUCAGCUGCAUGACUGUGAAAGCACUUUGUAUUGUCGCACCUCGCUGUAAACCAUUUGAAAAGUCUCUCUCCAUCAGCAAGGGAAAAGCCACCAACAGCCCUCUGCAAAGCUCUCUCGAUGUUCCCAUCUUUCAAGACGUUAACCGCACAACCUUUCCCAAGCUGUAAAACUAGGCCCAGGUUUGUUAAAUAGUGCUAUGCUUUACUUGAACCUGCUGUUUGGUGUGAUUAGGUGUCUGUCGGUUACUCUGGGUGAUCCCUCCUCCUCCUCUUCGCUGGCAGAUAGUGGGGAGAAGCUGAGUUUGCAAAUUUUUGUUUUCUGGGAGGGGAGAGCAAGUGACAGUACAGACUCAUUACUUAUUUGGGGUUUCGUCUCUAAAUUGGUAAUUGUAGAGACUUGGCAAGGGAAAUGCAAAUUUUAAGGAAAACAUAUUUUUUCUUAAUUUCCCCAACUCUAUUUUACUAAAUAAAUUCCCUUCUCAGCCCUCUACGAUUUCGGAUUUAGUAUUGAACCCAUUUAUCCUGGCCAUGCUCCUCUGUCCCUUUUGGGCAUUCUGCCACUGAAUGUCGCUCCUCUGGGAAUCAAAUUAAUGUGAUAAUGGUGAGGUUUGAAAACGCUCUGUCUCUUUAAUCGAAAUGCUUGUGGGUUUUGGCACAGUGAACUCGCACUGUGUUUGGUGUACAGGUUUAAGGGAUAUUGUACUCCAGAAUCUCAGGCCCUGGUGAUAUUAACCUUUUCUAUGCCAAACACGACUGCGUAUCAUCCCACUCUGGAUCAGUACAAACCUGAUCCAACACACAGGCCUGCCCGCUGCCAAGUCAUGUUUUCAUUAAAUUGUUAGAUUGAAAGCUCCUUUGGCCUGAGUCUACGUCCUCCUUUUUAUAUCUGUUUUUUUUUUUUUUAAGGUACAGGUCUUAUAAGGAUUAUUCCUUCCUCUGUAAAUUCCUUUAAUAUUGGUCUCAGCGAAGGUUCGUGUUAUGCCUUAACAGACAGUUUAGUCUAAAUUUGCACUUCCCUCGUCAGUUUUUCACGAUUUCCAUUUAGGGGAUAAAUCCUUGUUGGGGGGAUGUGCGGGGGGAAACCCAAUGUCUUUAUUCAGUUGACCAUUAUUAUAAAAAAGUAAAUAAUGGUGACCUGCAAAAUCCAGGUAUCCAAGAUGUGAGUGAAUGUUGUUAAUAUUGGCAUUUAUUUAGCGCCAGCUUAUUCCCUAGCGCAGUACAAUUAUAGAAUUGGGAUAAGUGACAAGAAGUGACAUACAAUUCAUUUAUUAAUUCCCUGCUAUUUUUAGUUGGUGAAUAAACUCCGCAGGAUCUAAUAAAUUGUCUCUUGUAAGAAGAUGCUGGUUCCGUUCUUUGAAAUUGCAGGAAAGACAGUUGGGUGUCAAGUCAGUAUUUCUGUAAAGUGUAUGUAUGUAUGUAUGUAUGUAUGUAUGUAUGUAUGUAUGUAUGUAUGUAUGUGUGUAUGUAUGUGUGUGUAUAUGUGUAUAUAUAUAUAUAUAUAUAUAACCAGUCCUUGCACUCAGAUUAACCCUGCUAUAUUAAGCAUAAUAUUGAAUGCAGGGUGCUAAAAGCCACAGCCAAAAUAUACUUACGGGUAUAUAUUGCAACAUUUUAGGCUGAUAUGUUAUUGUUGUUUGUUGCUCCUGAAGAAAGCCCAGGGUUUUUAUGGAAUAAUUGAAUAAAGAUGAUUUUUUUUUUUUUUUUUUAAACUACAAGACCGUGAGUGCUAGCCUAUAUUUCAGUUUUUGUGUGUAUGUAUGUAUGUAUGUAUGUAUGUAUGUAUGUGUGUAUAUAUAUAUAUAUAUUAUACUUUUUCUUUUUGCAUACCUUAUUACACAUUUUUCCGAGACUCUCAUUUUUAAAAUUUAAGUAUCGUAAUAUAUGUAUUUAUUUUUUUGCGGGGUGGCCCUUCUCUCUUGUCCCAUCUCACCCCGCAUUGUGUGGCAGCUUUUUAACUAGAUCUUUCUCACCCUAACUCUCACGUUCAGACUCCAAUUUUAAAGCGGUACAGGUUUUUACCUGGUUUCCUCCCAGUGCUGUUUGCAAUAGGCAUCUCUCAGCAUGGUAAUCCAUAUCUUUUUUUCUAACGUUUCAUACUGUUUUACACUACCUUUUCAUUUAUAGUGCAUUACUGAAUUAAGGGGGGGGGAGGAACAUAAGUGUUGUGUACCUGGGUACCCAUAUCAUUGGAUCACUAGGUAAGUGAAUCCCAUAGGACUCACUUGUGGCCCUGCGAUUGAUUUUUCGCUGUGAAUACCACCGGUUCUAAUGACCAGUGCUAAUUGCGCAGCCAGAAAUCUCAUUGCCAUGAGUGAACAGAAUAUCUUGAAUGUUGAGUGACAAAAUGAAAAUUGGAUAACCUCUUAAUGCCCAAGGGAGAAUCUGGACUUUCUGGACAGAUCUAUCUCUCCUGAUAAAUAGCGGUGUGACCAUUCUGUCCUGGCUUUCAUUUAUUUUACCCCAUUCAUAGUUUGAGAGGGACUAAUUUAUUGUAAAAUCAGAUAGGGACUCUUAUUGGUUGGAAGGUUUUGUUACCUUAGCAGUCAGAAUAAGCUUAUGGUUUUGGUUUCUUGUUUGCAAUUGAAAACAUCAUGAUAGUGUUACAUAUGCUAUGCUUUAUCACCUUAUAAAAAGUCUUCAUUGUAACCCAGUAACUCUUACUACCUACAGGUAUAGGCUGAGGCCCUGAUUUAGAUUUGUACCAUAUGAUUGCCCAUUAUACAAACCCUCUCGUGCUCCUAACCUCAUAUUGCUAAUAUUCCCAAAUCUGCAAUAUGUUUGAUUCUCUACGGGAGGAGAUCUCUAUCCAGGCCCCCCCACUGAAACGUGGUCCAUCUUUUUUAUUCCUGUGUAGUGUUCAAGGUUCAUCUGACAUGUUAGAUGAAUGGCAAAGUGCUAUAACUGUUGCAGAUUAAGUUGUGAUCUGUUCAUUUAUAUUCAUGACCUCCACUUCAUCAAACCAAUCCCCCCCCACCCCCAACCUUUAAAAUUUAGAUUUCAUAAAAGAACUCUCUAACUUUAGGUACAUUUUUCUUUUUAAUUUUUUUUUAUUUUUUAUUCCAGAUAUUUCCUUUUACUGCAGCGUAGAUCUGAAAUGAGAAUACCCUCGCAUGGUUUGGGUUUUUCGUUUUUGCCAAAAUACCCUGUAUCUCCCCCUUAACUUGCUUGUAAUCCUUUGAAAGGCCUUGUGGCUUAGAGUAGAAAUUUACUUACAAUUUAGUGUCUAUUUCUAAUGUUGCUGUAAGGACAACAGUGCUUUCUGUGAUCUCUGAUUUAAUUCAGAUUGUAUCAAAAUGGGCUGGAGGCCCCUUGUGCAUUUAGACCUUCAGCCCCAAUCUUGCUUUUAUUUAUUUUUAAAAAAUGUUAUUUUCCUGUGUUGAUGUAAUCAUUUAUGUAUUUUUAGAAUUGGGUUACUUUAAUGGGCGGCUAUUUGGACCCCGGCUGUGGCAUAGUAGCUUUGCUGUGGUUCUCUGCCCUGUGAAGUGGUAAAGCUGAUAUUUUAAAUGUAUCAGGCUGUUUGUGCAUAGAAUAAGGAACAAGUUGUUGAGUUUACUGUUGUGCCAGAGUAUCCUGCUGUGUUGGUAUUGAAUUCCAAAUUUGGGAAGUGUACCACCUGUACAGCCCUAUAUGUGGCUCUUCUUUUGUUUUUUAAACAACACCCGUUGAAGGGAAGCAUGACGUUGAUGAGUGGGGUCCUCCUGGGCAUCCCGUAUGUGUUGGAAGAGGUGGGGGACUGAAGAUGAUGAAAGUGCAGAGAAAUCCUUUUGGCUGCGAGCUGUUCUCAUCACGCAGGGGCCUGGGGACCAUUCUCCAGCUGCCUCCAAUGUGCAAUCUCCACUAAUGUUGCAAAAGGCCCUCCUCUGCCCCCAGGAGAACGCGGCCACCUUCUUUCCUCUGCCAGUGAGUCCUGCCAGCUGACAUGGGGGAGGUAGGGAUAUGGGUCUUCCGCCUGGUACUGUCCCCAGGGCUUUCUAAAUACAGUGUCUUCCCAGCUUUAUUUGCUGUGAUGUCUGGUGGGAACAUCGACUCCUCUUUCAUCAUUUUAUCGUCACUUUUCAAACCUUCAUAGCUCAAGUUUGAUAGGUUUAUUUUGCCCUGAUUAAUCUGAAUGCACGAAGGCUAGAAAAACUCCAGGUAGCCAUGACUCUUAAAACUUUACUGCGGGCAACCUAGCCAGUGCUAUAUUAUUGCAAUGGUUAGAAAUCCAAUGUACCCUGUUCCGUAAUUCAGAGUUUAAUACAUAGGCCAGUUUAUGGUGUAUACCCCAUGGGGUUGAUAUGUACGGGGUAGGUCAGGGUAUAUACUCCCUAUGGUGUAUAUGUACAGGGCAUAUAAAGUUGUGUACGGGCAGGUCGAGGUGUAUGACCCUGUGGUGUACGGGCAGGUCGAGGUGUAUGACCCCCUGUGGUGUAUGCGGGCGAGGUGUAUACCCCUGUGAGGGUAUGGGCAGGUAUGUAUAGCCCCUGUGGUGUGCGGGCAGGUCGAGGUGGAUAACCCCCUGUGGUGUACGGGCAGGUCGGUGGAUAACCCCCUGCGGGCGGAUAACCCCUGUGGUGUAGGGUCGAGGUAUACCCCCUGUGGUGUACGGGCAGCAGGUCGGUGUAUACCCCCUGUGGCGCGGGGGCGGGUGGGGUGUAUACCCCCUGUGGCGACGGGCAGGUCGGUGUAUACCUGUGCCGGGUCUGUAUACCUGUAGCUGGGCAGGUCGAGGGUGUAUACCCCCGUGGCUGCACGGGCAGGUCGAUGUAUACCCCACCUGUGUACGGGCAGGUCGCAGGUGUAUACCCCCACCUGUGGCUGUGGCACGGGCAGGUCGGUGUGUAUACCCCACCUGUAUGCGUCACGGGCAGGUCGAGGUCUAUACCUGUGGUUAGGGCAGGGGUGUAUACCCCCGGUCGAGGCGGGCAGGUGUGUAUACCACCCAGUGUGUGCACGGGCAGGUGAGGUGUAUACCGCAGUGGUUAAUGGGGCAGGGUCGGGGUCGUAUACCCCCAUGGUGUACGAGAGCAGGUCGUGGGUGUAUACCUCCCCUCCCCGGGCGGGUCGGGGUGUAUACCGUGGCGUCUGGCGGUUGGGGUGUAUACGGUUGGCGUGGCGCGCACGGGCAGGUCGAGGUGUAUACGGGUCGGGGUGGUAUAUGCGGGCGGGUGGUGUGUAUACCCCCAGUGGGCGGUGUCUGUGAGGGUGUAUACCCCCCAGCCGGGUGGUGUACGGGCAGGUCGAGGUGUAUACCCCCUCGUGGAGAUGCGGGCCGGGUCGGGGUGUAUACCCCUGUGGUGUGCGGGCGGGUCGGGGUGUAUACCCCCCUCCCCAGUGGUUAAUGCGGGCGGGUCGGUGUAUACCCCCCAGUGGCGCAUGCCGGGCAGGUCGGGGUGUAUACCCCGGUGGCGUGGGGUGUAUGGGCAGGUCGACGGGUCGUAUACCCGGUGUGGCGAUGCGGGCGGGUCGGGCCCCCGGGGGGCGUCUGUGAGGGCGGGUGUAUACCCCAGUGUGAUGCAGCGGCGGGUCGAGGUGUAUCCCCUUGGCGUGCGGGCGGGUCGGGGUGUAUACCCCGGUGGGCGAGAUUAGAAGGUGUAUACCGGUGCGGCGGGCGGGUCGGGGUGUAUACCCCGGUGGGCGUCGCGGGCGGGUCGGGUGUGUAUACCCCCGUGGCGAUGCGGGCGGGUCGGUGUAUACCCCCGGUGUGGCGAUGCGGGCGGGUCGAGGGUGUAUACCCCCAGUGGUGUGCGUGGUUGUGCGGUGUACGGGUCGGGGUGUAUGCCCGUGGUUAUGCAGGGCGGGUCGAGGGGUGUAUGCCACCCCCCCAGUGGUGUACGGUGGUAUGGGCGGGUCGGGGUGUAUGCCACCCCCAUGCGGACGGGUCGGGGUGUAUGCCAGUGGUUAUGCGGGCGGGUCGGGGGUGUAUGCCGCAGUGGUGUGCGGGCGGGUCGGGGUGUAUGCCCCCAUGUGUUAUGCGGGCGGGUCGAGGGUGUAUACCCCGUGGCGCGGACGGGUCGGUGUAUAUACCCCAGUGGCGACGUGGUGUGCGGACGGGUCGGGGUGUACCCAGUGUGAUGCGGACGGGUCGGGGUGUACAGUGCGGGCCGGGUCGGGGUGUACACGUGGAUGCGGACGGGUCGAGGUGUAUACCCCCCCAGUGGCGUACGGGCAGGUCGAGGUGUAUACCUCCCCCCCUCCUUGUGGUGUAUGGGGCAGGUUGAGGUGUAUAACCCUUCGCGUAGAUAUGUAGGAUGGUAGCUCACUCUGUAUACCUCAUUGGAUGGAUAUGUAGGUGGUAAAUCAGCAUGUAUUUCAUGUGGUGUAUGUAUAUGGGGUAGUUCAGUAUUAGUACUUUAUGAGUUGGAUAUCUACGGGGCAGCUCAGGGGGUGUACCGCUGGGAGUAGAUGCCCAGGGGGCAUGUCAGUGUGUAAACCACUUGAGUUGUAUAUGUGAGGGGCAGGUCAGUGUGCAUGUGUUAGAGCUGAUAUGCACAAUGUUUUUUGUGGUUGAAUUGGUUUACGUGUUGCAGGGUGUGACGGACACAGUAAGCGGUCACCAUGGUUGAGGGGAGAUAGGGACUGCUCCCUCCUCGAAGUGACCCUCGCUUCCCAAGCACAGUGUUUCCUAUAAACCUGUUAACUCCUGCUGUGCUGCUGCAUUCUUCAUGGGUGGGAUAUAAUGGCAUUGCUAUGCUCUGUCUGCUCCUUUUUAACCCCUUAAGGACACAUGACAUGUGUGAUAUGUCAUGAUUCCCUUUUAUUCCAGAAGUAUGGUCCUUAAGGGGUUAAAGGAAGGGUUUUGCGCAAGUCAAUCCUUCUAUUACAUAAUUUUAGCGCCAGUGUCGUCAUUUUUAUCCCUGUUAGUGUGCGUGCAUCAUUCUACGCAAUGUUCACUCUCUGCAGUCAGAAGCUGUUGGAGGUUUUUAAUAUUACUCUCUUCUGGUGAACCAGGAACUCUGCUUUUGGGAUUUAAAAUCUUCAAAAAUCCCAAAUUAAGCUCUAAAAAGAGGCAAAGCAGGAGGUGUUUGCACAAUUUUAAAAGGGGGGACAAUUAAAUUAUUUUUCUUUCUUGUGCUGGGGCUGCAUUGGGUCACACCUUUUAAAAGUGUUUUUUUUUUUUUUUGUUUUUUAACAUGUAAUAUUUAAUAUUACUGGUUGCAUGAAGCUUGUUUUUUUAGAUCACACUAUGGAUGCACCUGUCCUUUGAUCCCCUGCAAAUACAAUGGCAAUUUUAUACGUUGAACAGCAAAUUGCCGCAAUAUUGGCAGGAAAUCGCAGCAUUUAAACCUAAAACGGCAAAGCAGAAGACAUUUCCCGGCUACUUUUCCAGGUCGAUUAUUGUCCUACAUUUUUUGCAGGUCCCUUGCCACGUCUCUCCCCAAUUGACUGCUUAGUGAAUACAAAGUGUGGAGCUAUGUGCGAGCUCUGUUUGUGUUUGGAGUCUUCCAGCAGGCUCUCUGUGUAAUGAUCUAGAUGAGCGUAUCGUACAUGGCAUGUCCUAUUGCUGCUGCCCAUACUUUAAUCAUAUAAUCCACCCAGCCCUGCAAGGUGUCUCUGCGUUCUCCCUUCCUUAGAAGAGGGGGGUCUAAGGGGGGCAGGCAGAUAUCCGGGAAGGGAGGGGUGAGUGCCCACCUGUCCUAUUUUUCAGCCUGGCCCUGCAGGGAUUUCUCAGAGAACCUGUCGGUUUGGUGGGGUGGGUGCGGCCUGAGGUCUCAUCCUAAACAGUGGGUGGAGCGCAGUCUGACUAUGAUCCUACCACCCAGUCUCACCUGGUUAACCUGUUCCAUACCGAAUAUAUAAAGCAGAAAAUCAGGUCAUCUUUAACAAGCGGCAAAUGGAGGGGAAAUCCUCCUUUAUAAUUGUGUUAGGACAUUGGGGUGUAUUUUUGUUUGUGUUUUUCUUUGUUUCCUUGUAGCCUCCCUUACAGUUUUAUGGAACUCAACUACCAUGUAAAAAAAUUUUUUAAAAAAUAUUUUAUUAUUAUUAAUAUAUAUAUAUAUUAUUUUUAUUUAUUUUUUUUUAUGAAAAAUCAUGGGUGCUUUAAAAUAGGUUGUUUGUAAUGUCUGUUAUCAAGCCAUUUGUUCCUAAAGCAGAAGCUGUUGUUUCAACACUUCCUAUAGAACAUGAAAUCUUAAUGGAGGGAGAAGAGUCCUGAGUGUGGGCUAGUGGCUGGCAUAUCCCUGCUUGGAGUGUGUGGGCAGGUUAGUGUAUUGGCAUUUCCACUGAUGUGUGACAUCCUUUUGGCUAAUAAGAAGGUGCUGACGCUCUGUGCCAUUCUCUGCUUUUGUUACAGACUGGUAGAAGGCUAGUUACUUGGAGAUAUUGUGGGUAUGUGGUCAUUGCGCAGGCUAGUUGUCUCUGGUUUAGGACAGGUGUACCCUAUGUCUUUGUUUACUACAAGUCAUUGUCCUUGGCCGUAAAGUACAUAUUUUAUGGCAGUCUCUGGCUUUAGCAGACAGGAUUUGGCCAGUGGUGCUGUGCUUAUAGUAUGCUCUGUUGGUUAUGUACCAGUGGAUCCUCUCCAGUGUACUUGACGGGAGGGCAGUGAUGGUGUGCCAGUAGUCUCUUGCUGUAGCAAAUGAUAUGUAAUAAAUUUUGAUGUGUUGGAGAACCAUAGCUGUAGCACACAGGAACCAGUCAGUAGUGGCAGAGGUGUUCACAGACUACUGCUCUACUACAAAUGUCUGUCUGGGCAAUGUUGUAUAACGGCAAUCCCUGAUUACACCAAACAUCUGAGAAAUGGUGGUGUACUGAUUGUUCCAACCAUGGUAUCUGCUCAGUUAUGGUGUGUUGGUUUCUCUUGCCAUGGUUUUUAGUCAGUGAUGGUUUGUUGGUAGUCUCUGCUUUGGUAUUUUUUUUUGUUCAGUGGUAGUGAGUUAGUUGUUGCUGCCAUAGAGUCUGUUCAGUGACUUUUUGCUGAGGUUCCUGGCAUGGUAUCUGCUCAGUGACCGUAUGCUUAUGGUUCAUGCCAUGGUAUCUGGUCAGUGAUGCUGUGCUGGUAGUCCCUAAGAGUAGCCCAUGCUAGCCUGGCAAUGAUUGUUAGUUGGUUGUUGCUGUCAUAGUGUCUGUUCCCCGGGCAUGUGCUGAUGGUUUCUACCAUGGUUCUGCUCAGUGGUGAUGUACUGGUUGUUCCAGCCAUGAUAUUUGUUCAGGGACUGUGUGCUGAUGGUUCCUGCCAUGGUAUCGGCUCGGUGGUGAUGAGCUGGCUGUUUCUGCCAUGGUGUCGGCUCGGUGGUGAUGAGCUGGCUGUUUCUGCUAUGGUGUCGGCUCGGUGGUGAUGAGCUGGCUGUUUCUGCCAUGGUGUCGGCUCGGUGGUGAUGAGCUGGCUCUUCCUGCCAUGGUGUCGGCUCGGUGGUGAUGAGCUGGCUGUUUCUGCCAUGGUGUCGGCUCGGUGGUGAUGAGCUGGCUCUUCCUGCCAUGGUGUCGGCUCGGUGGUGAUGAGCUGGCUCUUCCUGCCAUGGUGUCGGCUCGGUGGUGAUGAGCUGGCUCUUCCUGCCAUGGUGUCGGCUCGGUGGUGAUGAGCUGGCUCUUCCUGCCAUGGUGUCGGCUCGGUGGUGAUGAGCUGGCUCUUCCUGCCAUGGUGUCGGCUCGGUGGUGAUGAGCUGGCUCUUCCUGCCAUGGUGUCGGCUCGGUGGUGAUGAGCUGGCUCUUCCUGCCAUGGUGUCGGCUCGGUGGUGAUGAGCUGGCUGUUCCUGCCAUGGUGUCGGCUCGGUGGUGAUGAGCUGGUUCUUCCUGCCAUGGUGUCGGCUCGGUGGUGAUGAGCUGGCUCUUCCUGCCAUGGUGUCGGCUCGGUGGUGAUGAGCUGGCUCUUCCUGCCAUGGUGUCGGCUCGGUGGUGAUGAGCUGGCUCUUCCUGCCAUGGUGUCGGCUCGGUGGUGAUGAGCUGGCUCUUCCUGCCAUGGUGUCGGCUCGGUGGUGAUGAGCUGGCUCUUCCUGCCAUGGUGUCGGCUCGGUGGUGAUGAGCUGGCUCUUCCUGCCAUGGUGUCGGCUCGGUGGUGAUGAGCUGGUUGUUUCUGCCCAGUGACUGUGUGCUGUUAGUCCCUAAGGGAAGCUCAUUCUAUUCAAGCAAUGAUUUUGAUGGUGGUCCCUGACUGUGGUGGAAUGCCAGGAAUCCAUAUCUAUAGCAUCUGGCCAUUGGUAGUGUGCCGGCGGUCCCUGCUUGUGGUAGUCCUGUUGUUCUUAUCUCCGCUCUUUCCUGCAAGCAUUGCUCCCUUAUCUCCCCGCUCCUGUUUGUUUGGUGCUUGGCAGUGCCCUGACAGCUAAACGUUUGGUUUCCAUGGGUCCUUUAAACAGAAAGCAGUGUGUGCUCCUUCUCUUUACCUGUUUCUUCUGCUUACCCCUCAUUGCAUCACGUCUUACGUCAUAAUCUUCUACUGUAUCUUUACCUUCCCACCAUCAGCCACGUAAUUCUUAUCUUACCCCCUUGUUAAAUAUCCCAGUAUCACUCUGCCCCAUUACGCUGUCAAGUCACCACACCCAGCCCAGGGAGUUAUAAUUAUGUAAGGUAAUGAACACAUGAGACGGCAGGGCCUCGAUGGAAGGCAAGGUCUAUGACCGAAAUGCACACUACUGUUUGUUUGGGUAAACCCCCGUGACUCUGUAUCCUGUCAGAUGUGCAGACUCUGCUGUUUUGUGUCCCCUGUCUCUCCUCUCCACCCAGAGACCCCUCUUUAGUCACUCCUGUAAGCCUGUGGUCUGCACAGCUCUAUUUAGCCUUUUUCACUUUGACUCAAAACCAAGAUUGCGACACCCACCUAACAAUGAGAAGACAUGGUGGGGGAGGGAGGAUGCCAUGUCCUCUUAUUAAAAGUCCCCUUUUUUUUCUCUUUAGGGCUGGGGGAGUAUAUUUCAAAUGUUUGGUUUCUUAUGCAUGUGAUUUCAGGGUCUGACUCAGCUGAUCUCUCACCCACACCCUCCUGCACCCAUAAUCCUUCUUUUUAACCCCCCCCCCACCUCUGAUACUGGCGCCCCUCCCAGUGUUCUGCCUUAUCAGGCAUGGGACCACCACUUCAAAUCUCUGGCUUGUGCUACAGGCUCUUGGCGUCUUAGUGACUUGUUCAGAUUAAGAGAAUGGGAUCCUUGUAAACGAGGCUUGUUGCAGUAUGAACCGAAGUAUUUCAGUGCUUGGAGUAGUCUAUAGAGUAGUCUUGCACUGAAAGCAUUGGUUGUUACGCAGCAGAAGACGUGGUUAUGAGUUAACCAUUAACACUGUGAGAGAUGGCAAGGAGAGCCACUCAAGAGCUUGCAAUCUAAAUGAGUAGACCAUCACCCAGCUGUCUUUUAGAUCCAUGUCACAUGCUGUAAUAAGAGGAAGUACAGAGGGUCCCACUUCCUUUUUUAAUAAAUUCUGACUGUUACUAAAAUGCGACCAGAGGGGAGCCACUGCCUCUCUUGCGUUCCCUUUUUCUAUCUCUGCUGGGUUACGUCUCUGUCUCCAGCCCUGUCCCGUGUUGUGUUGGUUAUUUAUUAAUAUUUAUUUUUUCUUUCAUCUUCUCUUCCUUUUGGGUCUUUCACUUUUGGUCUCUGCCACUUAUUCUCUAUGCGGUUUGUGUCCUUUUCUGUGCGACUCUCACACUUUUGUGGGUCUCUGUCUCCCAAUCUCUUUGUGACUUGUUGCUGUCUAAUUUGUGCCUCUGUCUCUCUAUCUCAAAGUGUCUUUCAUGCCCGCUUUGUGCCUCUCCAGCUCUUUCUCGUUUUGUGGUCUCUUUCAUGAUCUGUCUGUCUCGUGGUCUCUCAAAAUUUUCUGUUUUGCUAUCUCUAGGUCUCUGUCUAGGUUUCGUACUCUGUGGGUUUCUCCCCCUCUCUCUCUUUUUGUGGUCUCUCUCGCUCUCUGCCUUUGUGCCUCUCUGUCUUGCUCUCACGUCUUUGUCUCCUGUGGGUAAACACAAGCCUUCUUGUGGGUCCUUGCCAGGAUAAGGGGGGGGAGGAGGGGCUGCUGUGCCAGUAUCCUGGUGCACACUGCCAACAGGGCGUUGUGUUUGUUCAGUCUACCUGUACCCCUCACCUUCUCCUAGGGGUGGGGGCUUUUUAUUUUUUAUAUCCAGGGAGGGUGGUGAGAUCGGUUUGAUUUCUCUCCCACCGACCCUCCGGAUUAAUUUUAUGUUGGGUAUGUUAUUUUUAUCUUAACUCUGUAUUUGUCCUUUUUAUAAAAAAUAAAUAAAAAUCUUUUCAUUUGUAGAGACCAGCUAUUUCUUGUUUUUGAGCAAGGGACUGUAAUAUAGUGAAACUUCAGUUUCUGGGCCCCAGGCCCUCAAUCCCUGUUUCUAUAUGUUUUCGUACCUCAGUAUAGUUUGACAGAGCUGUGGUGUGACUGUACUUUUCAUUACAAUCCCCUGCCUUAAAAGAGCAAGUGAAACGAUUUGUUGGCCGUUUUGAGGGAAAAAUAGAAACCGUGAUCUUAAAAUGCAUCCCCCCUGCUGCAGCUCAGCUAAUGCAAUAGUGGACUUCCAUAUUAGGUGUCCAGUUUUGUACAUCAUCGAGGGAUGAGCGUCCUGAGGGCAGGAUUGGUAAUUCUCAAAUAGCCAAGAACCAUAUUGAAGGAUAAACCCUGUUUGCCCCAUGCUCUGCUCUCUCCCCUGGAUGAUAAUCUGGCUCCAUCCUGUUCCUGAUUCUUUAUGGUUGGGCACAGUGCUAUAUUUUGCUAUUGGCCAAGUGCACGCUGCCAACUCUAUUGCCCUUGCCAGCUUUCCCAUGAGUGAGCUCUAUUUCAUUGUUCUGUGGGAUCUCUCCUCUUAUCAGAGCCCCCUCGUUUGAGUUCAAUCAAACUUAGACUGGCUUGUUCAUCAUCUUCUGUCCUUUGAGUAAGAUGAGCCAUCGGAUCUCGGCGUUCCACUGUGUGAGAGGAGCCCCUUGUACCUUACAUCCCCAAAGUGAGAUGAUUCCUCCCCCCCCCCCCCUAAUCUAAGCUUUUUUUGUGUGCCAAGAUUUGUGUAAAAUGUCAGUGCUGGAGUUUGGAGAUAUCUGCUCUGGGUAUAGAGUUCUGUAUGUGUUUUGGGUCGGCUGCCUGGAUAGUUUUUUGUUUCAGGGCGAUUAUUGCUUUGCCCAAGGUGUUGCUGUUGAUGGACAGUCAGAUCACCGGGCAUAUACAGUGUUGCGUGACUCGUACAGGGGGUUGUUACAAGCCCCUGAAUGGGAGCGGCAGGCAGAUCAGGCCAAAGUCCUUCCAACUACGACCAUAAAAGCAGAAGGCCCGCCCAUCCUCGCUUCUUUGUGUGUGGGGGAGGGGGGUCUAAGAGCACCUGGGCUCACAUCUAACACCUUUUUCUUUAUCUUUUAAUUGUCCUUGGUGUAAUGUAUUGUGCCCUGCCUUGGUGGUUAUUAACCUCUGCACUACCAGAAUGGUCAGAAUCCCAAACCUCGGUGUGCUGGAGAAAAUCACCUGUGUCCUAAAACUGGCCCCCUGCACGCUUACUGCGCCGCCUUUGCAAACACUGCUCGAAAACACGACCGACUGAUUAAAGUAAACUCUAUAAGGACCGAAAGAUUUGUGGUUUCUUUAUGAACAGCGGUUUGUGGAAUUAUACCUGGCGGAAUCUGCUCAACAUAAAAAACAUUAAAUUGUUUCCAAAGAGAUAUAUUUACCGCUUGAAGUUCGGAAUAAGUAAUUUAGUUCUGACUCUGUAUGCAUCAGAAAAAUCCCAAUGUCACGGAAAUAAAUCGCCAUUCAUAGGCCUAUGCUAAUAGCAGCAGUGCUGUUACAGUAUCAGUAUAUAAGAAUUUAGCCUUAAAUAAUUUAUUAAAUAAGCAUAAAACCACGCACGGGCGCCUAAUAUUCAGACAUUGGGCGAUAUUUAUCAAAGUUUUCUGAAAAGUGACUUAUUCUGCCAUUAUUUUAAUUGAAUUUUUUUUUUAAUUUUUUUUUUUUUUUGGGGGGGUUUAGGAAGUGACCGCUUUUUUUGUUUUUCGUAGAAAAAUCCUCCAGUAUUUGCUGAAAUUUCAAAUUCAGAAGACUACCAAAUUUAUAGCGGCGGUGAAAGUCUGGUAUUUUUCUGUAUUUGGAAGAAAUAAAUAGACUAUAUUCAAAAAUAAUGGUUAGACCACGAAAAAAGCAACAGGUGGGAGAUUUAAUAAAUUGGGCCAAAAAAUAACAGAAAGUUAGACUGAAAAGAAUCAGUGACACUUUGAUGAAUCAUCUCAAACGUGGUGAAUGACAUCCAGCAUCACAUAAUGGUCAUGUGAGCUUACAGUCUUACAGCAGUUCGCUAACCUCAACACCACUUAUUUAUUUUCUGUUGUGGUUUUCAUGGUGCCCAGCAAGCCAGUCGUUUUAACUGAUCACCAUGGGGAAAUUUGGUGUACAAACACCUGGGGUGCAAAGUAAAGCCGUCACUGAUUUAACAGUCUAAUGGCAGAACCUUGGUUUCUAUUGCUAUAAUGGGAUGUGCUGUGACAUGGGACUCUCUCCUCAAAUAUACAGCUUCCAGUGAGGUUUUAUAAUUUGCAUAGCCAUUUUUUGAAUCUCAGACCCUAUCCAAAGGGGUUUAAAAGCAAGUGGCACAAUAGUUGUUGCUGGGUGAUUUGUAUCUUAUUAAUAUAAUUUUAUUUGUUUUUCUAUAUACCUGACCUAUUGUUUCAAACACAUUCCAAGUCCCAAAAGAAUUUCAUGUCUAUUACUUGUAGCAAAGGAGUCCCCUCCUUAUUUUUUAUUUUCUUUUUCACAUUGCACCUGAACUCUACUGCGAAUCAGUGGAAAUCCCGCCAGGUGGCUGCCAUCCAAAACCCGUUUAAUACCCCGUCUGCCUGGCAUUUUUCUCAGGUUUGAAUGGAAGGUGUGCCUCUAAUCUGUUGGACCCAUUCUUGUUCAGACCAGGUGGGACCGGAACACCCUCCCUACGUGUUUGUCUGUGCCGCCCUACACCCGUAAAGCCGCUGGGAUUGUUGUGGAGAUCAUCUCUUCCAGUGUAAGAUAAUUGAAGCCUGCUCUUCUGACACACUGUGGCAUCCAGGAUAUGUAAUUACGGGGCAGGCAGCGGUCAUUAAGAUUCCUGUGCUGUGAGGUCAAACCAUCCUAUAGGCAUGUCCCUAAUUAAUGCUGGAUGCUCAAUGUGCAAUCAACGAACGCUUUAGGUAUCUUGAGUCAAAGAGUGUCCUGUCCAAGCGGUGGCUGGACUUUACUGUGAGUGACAGUUGGUAGCUCUCCAGCUGGUCUGGCAAAGCAUCUUGGGAGUUUGAGUUCUACAGCCGAUGAAGAGCUACUUGUGGGUUGUUUAUGUGCAUCACGUCAAUAACCAGACAACCCUGAAAAAAUGAUGUCUUAAGAGUAUAUGUGCUAAGCUCUCCGAACCUUCAAUGUCUCAAGCUACAUUUAAUUGUAUCUUUUUUUUUUAUUUUUUAUUAUUAUUAUUUAUUUAUUUUCAUUACUCCUUAAAUCCACUUCCUUGGAAUGAAUUAACUCUAUCGAAAAAAGAAAAUUAGUUUGUCAUUCACAGUGAAUCUGUGCUGUGAUCCUAUAACCUCCUUUCUAGUUUCUCCAAAUAUAAGGGUCUACCUUUUGUCCUUUAAACCAUUUGCGUGCGACAGGGUGUAUGUUACCUGUACAAAGUACAUAUCACCCUGCUAGAAGAUUUUUUGUGAAAACCAUUUUUUUAUUUUUUAUUUUAAAGCAGCAAUGUGUGGAGUGACAUGGACGUCCAAAAAUAUAUUUGUAUUGGAAGUACACCACACAGUGGCUGACCUCAGUAUGACGGGUGCUCAAUGGAGAUUGUAUUUCCUCCAGACACUAUUCCAAUUUCUCUCUUAAUGAGCAUUGUAUUCUGUCAUUUUUUUUAAUAAUCUUACCUUACCCCAAGGGGUACCAAUAGAUAAAGUUUCCUUUUUUUCUUUUUUUUUUUCUUUUUCUUCUUCUUAAAUUGUGCACUUCUAUUUAUAAACCCUUUCAGAUUCAAACCUGGAUGCUGCAUGUUGUGUUGUGGUGGUGUUUUUUUUUAUUAUAUAGAUUUAUCUUACUUCAGUAGAAGUUUCUUGUCAUUCACCUUUUUAGAAAGGGAAAAAAAACAACAAAGUAAUUUUCUUCAUUUUAAGCCCAGGUUUGUUUACCGUAUAAUGGUCUACCUUUUCUAGUGGCAGGAAGCUUUCUUGUUGAUGUUAACACCGCUCCACUGUCAUCCUCGUCAACUUCCCCGUAACCUGUGUAAUGAUGUACCAUAUACUGACCCCCUUCCUGCAGUGGAAAAAUCUAGAUGUUCUGCUUUCUUCCUUAUCUAACCUAGUCUGAAAAACAAGUAAAAGGAUGUCCCACCCCCUCCUUCAAUUCUCCCUUCCCCUCCACCCCCACCGUUUCUUCUCUCACCCCCAACUUCAAAGGGUUAACUCGGCAUUCUCCCCUAUUCAGUUCUGGGAAGUUUGAUCGUGGGCGUCAUUUUCGAAAUAAAAAAAAUCAUUUAGUUUUCAGAGGUGGAAUUUUGGGGUUUAACUUUGGUUCUUUUUUUAUUUUAAAUUUUUUUUGUUAUAUAGUUUUUACUCAAUUUUUGUUGUUUUUGUUUCUGUCUCUGGCAGCCGUCGUUUGGUUGCGUCAGACGCCCUCCGACCAAGCUCGGGGAGCAGGAACCUGCUGUGCUGAUCUGGGCCACCAAACAACUGUGAGCGAGGACGAAAAGACUAAAAGAACGAGGGAGCAAGGACGACGAGGCUGACACCCCAGGUAUGAUUGCAAGGCCUAACCGGUCUACCCCUGUAGGACAUGCCCAGUCUAUACUGAACCUUAUACAAUUGACUUACCUUUUCUAACCAAAUCCUGCAUUGUUUGUUUAUUUUAAGUGGCCAUGUUUCAUCGUACAGUCAGGGAUGGGUCAAAUGCCUGAACAAGUUCUCAUUUUGCACAUUCUUAAAUGUCUGUCAUUGGGUGGAUCAGUGACUCCACACCCCGACUAAUGAGUAAAUGAGUUGAUGAUUCCCCACGACACCUUGCAAGUCCUGCAUGUGUACAGUCAGAGGGUCUCUUCACUAAACCUGUCUUAAUAAGGUGUCCUUUCGAUGGUGUUCGUGUCCUUCACCAUCUUUUGUCGAAGGGAUGCUUAGCAGAUAUUUUUUUGAUGAUUAAGCUUCAAAUCGUACAAUGUCAUGGCCACUUGUGUAACGUUUUGAAAUGUGGCCCACACAUUUUUAAGGCAUUUUUGACUCCACAGGUUACUGAGAAACUUAAAUAAACCUAGGUAUUUCUUUCUCACUUUUUUAAUUUUAAUAUUUUUUUUAGAGUAAUUACUUAUUUGAGCUUAAUGUAUAAGAUACAUGGAACCCAUCAAAAGAGAUCUAUUUUUCUAAUAUAUAUAUAUAUAUUUUUUUUUGUAGUCUGCUCCGAUCUUGUCUAUAAACUCCCUUCACUGGGUAUUUUCUCUGAUCAAUCAAUGAAUCGUGCUCUGCCCGUUACUUGGGUCUUCAAAUAUUGCAGAAUUGGUUGUUAUAUGUAAAAUCUGUAUGGUCUAUUGUGUGCAGGAUUUGUUCUUUAUUAAUGAUUUAUUGGUGAUUUUACAGUUUGCAAAGUCAUUUAUUAUUGUAUGAAGACAUCAUCUCACAAAGGAAACUACUUAUUUUUUCAUUUCGGUUCAUGGGGAAUCUAGUGCAAUCACAGUGAGAGAAGCAUAUACUGAUUUUACAUGGUUUGAUAGUAUAUUCGUAAUAAUACAGUGCAGUGUGAGCAGUCUAUUACAUGAUCUGAUAUUACAGUAGUGAUAAAAUGCAGUGUGAGCAGCUUAUUACAUGGUCCGAUAUUACAGAAUGGAUGCAAUGCAGUGUGAGCAGCUUAUUACAUGGUCCGAUAUUACAGAAUGGAUGCAAUGCAGUGUGAGCAGCUUAUUACAUGGUCCGAUAUUACAUUAUUAAUACAAUGCAGUGUGAGCAGCUUAUUACAUGGUCUGAUAUUACAUUAUUAAUACAAUGCAGUGUGAGCAGCUUAUUACAUGGUCUGAUAUUACAGUAGUGAUACAAUGCAGUGUGAGCAGCUUAUUACAUGGUCUGAUAUUACAGUAGUGAUACAAUGCAGUGUGAGCAGCUUAUUACAUGGUCUGAUAUUACAGUAGUGAUACAAUGCAGUGUGAGCAGCUUAUUACAUGGUCCGAUAUUACAGAAUGGAUGCAAUGCAGUGUGAGCAGCUUAUUACAUGGUCUGAUAUUACAGUAGUGAUACAAUGCACGUGAGCAGCUUAUUACAUGGUCUGAUAUUAUAGUAGUGAUACAUUGUAGUAUAAGCAGUUUAUGACAUGCAUUACAGUCUGAACUCAGUGUAGUGUGAGCAGCUUAUUACAGCUUAUUACAUGGUCUGAUAUUACAGUAGUGAUGCAAUGUGAGCAGCUUAUUGCAAGGUAUGUAUUACAGUAUUGAUCCAAUGUAGUAUAAGCAGUUUGACAUGGUCUGUAUUACGGUAUGAAUUCAGUGCAACGUGAGCAGCUUAUUACAUGGUGUGAUAUUACAGUAGUGAUGCAAUGUGAGCAGCUUAUUACAUGGUGUGAUAAUAUAGUACCAAUACAAUGCAGUGUGAGCAGCUUAUUAUUUGGGCUGAUAUCACAGAAUGAAUUCAAUGCAGUGUGAGCAGCUUAUUACAUGGUGUGAUAUUACAGUAGUGAUGCAAUGCAGUGCGAGCAGCUUAUUAUAUGGUCUGAUAUUACAGUAGUGAUACAAUGCAGUGUGAGCAGCCUAGUACAUGGUUUGAUAAUAUAGUACCAAUACAAUGCAGUGUAAGCAGUUUAUUACAUGGUCUGAAGUUGCAUUGUGAGCAGUCUCUGUCAUUCCUGGAGGUUGCAGUCUGUGUGCUAAUGCCAGGUCUAAUAGCUUAUGAUCUUUAUGCAUUGUCUGAGUACUGGAGGUAAAAUAGAUGUAGCUGCUCCGACUCAUAAAGGCAAAUCUAUCGGUGAAGAAACCUUUUGUGUUUUAAAAUGUCGCUAGGACCACCUUUGACGGAAGGGUAAUGAGGAUUAGCCCCUGUAUUAUAGAAUUACAUAUUCUGCUUAUUUGUGGUUUGGCACUGAAGCCAAGAAGUGAGACAGAUCUGUGCAGAGUAUCUUAAAACUGCCUUAUUGCUAUGUGUGGGCCCUCGGAGGACCCAGCCUAUGUACCCCUUCCAAUAGCACUCAAUCCAGCUUGCUCCAGAAGAUGCCAGUCUGUGGGUAUUAGCCAGGUGGGCUGUGGAGAUGCCAGUAUCCCUUUGAACUUUCCACAUUAAUGAAGCCAUGCUAUGUUUCCUGAGACAGUUGCAGAGACUGUUAAAGUAUUGAGAGCCUGAACGUCUAGACCUAGGAGCUUACUCUCUAUAUCAUAUGUUUGUUUUAACUCAUGCUUUUACUUGUAGGCUUUGUUUGGCAAGCCCCUCGUUGAACAGGUCUAUCUGGCUCUCAGUCCCUUUCCUCCCCACACACCCACCCUUCUGAAAAAUAUAAGGAGGGGCCCUAGUCUAUUGUCCUCAAUGCUGGGGGCCAGGGAGGGGAUACGGGGCUUUUGAAAUUGUUUUGAUUGGCUAACAUGCAAUGGCUCUAGCCCUAACUAACCUACUUUCCCAAUCCGUGACUGUAGAUAAGGUCUCCAUGCACCCUGUGUAUUUCACCUGUAAUGUUUCCAUUUGUUUCUGCACCUGCAGCCAGUGGCAAAACUGUUGCCCACCCAUCCCUUAGUGAUCACACCUAGUGAUUCUGUAUGUAUCAACUACUAGGAUAAUGUAGUCACUGCUUGGGGUGCGGAGAUCUGUAUAAGACACAACCAAGCUAUAAGGGGCCAAAUAAGCACAGGCACGACGUUUCUCCUCUUGAGUCAGAAAAGAAAUGGGAUGAUUCAUAUUGAGGAAACAUUGUACAAAAAAUAAGGUACUGUUUUGUUCUGGAGUAGAUUGGCAUUGCUCUGGAAAUAAAAUAGACGUGCGGUGUUGUUUCCCCCUGGGGGGGGGGGCGCAAAGAAAGUACAAGCACAGGAUCACACAGCUAGCUACAGAACGCAGUUUGAGCUAGAAUGUACAGGAAGGGAGGUGGCAAAGAUGAAAAGAAAAUGUAUAGGCACGUAGCAGGAUAUAGGGCUAAACUAUCAAAUAAAUCCAGCGUUAUUUACCAAUGUGGCAAUUGUCAAACUGAAUUCUGAAAUUUCAAAUUUAAGGCCAAAGUAGUCGAUCUUUAAGUAUAACUGACUGGAACAUUUCCAGUUUAGCAAGUUUGGGCUUAAGUUUGAAAUUCACUUUGAAUUUACAACAAUUUUCCGUUUUAAUAAAUAAUCCUGAUUAUUGGUAGGGUCAAAAAUAAUGUAUGUGGCUGAGGCCAUUAUGGGGGGAGUGCUAUACUGACAUAGCUGGGCUUGUCUUCAAUUUUUUUUUCAUUAAAGCUGCUGAGUAACUUAGUUUUAUUAGUGUAUUUAAAAAAAAAAAAAAAUAAUAAUAAUUAUGUUGAUUGCGCUCUAUUAAAACUUAUUUAUAUAUUUUUUUUCCUCCCCACUUACCCCCUUUUUUCAUUUAUUUUUUGCAGGUGACGAUGGCUAGCUCAGAAGACGAGCUGAUUGGGAUACCAUUCCCGGAGCACAGCAGUGAUCUCUUGAGCAGCUUGAAUGAACAGCGGCAUCGUGGUGUACUGUGUGACAUCACUAUUAAGACACGGGGCCUCGAGUACCGCACCCACCGUGCAGUUCUAGCAGCUUGCAGCCAUUACUUCCGCAAACUCUUCACAGGCAUUCAUCCUGGAGCUCCUUUUAGGGACGUAUGUCAGCUGGACUUCCUAAAACCAGAUGCACUGGGGGCCUUGCUGGACUUUGCUUACACAGCCACCUUGACAAUCAGCAAUGCCAACAUGCGAGAUGUUCUGCAUGCUGCCCGCCUUUUGGAAAUCCCAUGUGUGGUAGACGCUUGUGUGGAAAUACUACAGUGUAAUGGUGACCGCGAGGUGUUGGGAGGAGAUGCCGAGGAUCUGGAAGGAUUUCUACGUGCCCGACAAUACUUAGAAUGUUUUAUGCUGCAGGAAAAUGGAGAAGACACCACUCCCCCACCGGAGACCAACUGCUCCCCACAUUCUCUGUCCACAGAUUUACCGCAGAAACCUUUGCAGCUUAUUCCACGCCGCCGAAGAAAGAAGUUCUUGCAGGUGAAGCCCAGUAGCCGAAUGCCGAAUGGGAGUCCGUAUCGUAUAAUAGAAGAUAUAAAAGAAAGGGCGGUCAGCCCCCAAGAAGCUCCCUCGCCUCAAGAGUUUCCUCCUCCUGAAACCAAUCUCUCAUAUGAAAGGUACGCAACAGACAACCCACCAAUCUUCAUUCCACCCUCUCCUCCUGACGAGAUCCUGUCUGACGAGGAACCUUCGGAUGUGGGUUUUCUGCACCAGAUGGACUCCGAGAACCCUGACCUGGCUGCUUCUUCUCUGGAUGGAUCUGAUAAGUUGGUACGGAAGAGGAGGUCACAGAUGCCCCAGGAGUGCCCUGUCUGCCACAAAAUAAUCCAUGGGGCAGGCAAAUUACCACGCCACAUGCGCACCCACACCGGGGAAAAACCGUUUGUGUGCCAGGUCUGCGGAGUAAGGUUUACCAGGUGGGUACGGUAGCAAAUAGUCAGGAUUUCAAAGUGAAUUCAAAAUGUUUUCUUUUUUGAUAUUUUGAUCUAAAAUUUGGAAUUCAUUUUAAAUUCUCAGCAUUUCACACUGUAAAUAUUGCACUGCCCCCUCCUGUUUUUUGUGUGUGUUUAGCUGUGUUUUUUAGAUCUCGUUUCAAUAUUUCUCAUCAGUGACUCUUCAAGUUUCAGUUGGCAUAACACUUUUUUACCCUCUUGCUACUUUUUAACACUAUUUGCUUAGUUGACAUGCCUCUCCUUGUCUGUCCACUCUUCCAACCUUGACCCUUCCUGUGUAACUCUCAUGUAAAUUUUUUUUUUGUUUUUUUUCUAGAAACGAUAAGUUGAAGAUUCACAUGAGGAAGCACACAGGGGAGCGGCCGUACUGCUGUGAGCACUGUAGCGCUCGCUUCUUGCACAGCUACGAUCUAAAGAAUCACAUGCACCUCCACACAGGUGACCGCCCCUAUGAGUGCUCGCUGUGUCACAAGGCAUUUGCCAAGGAAGACCAUCUGCAACGUCACAUGAAGGGGCAAAAUUGCCUAGAGGUUCGCACCCGUCGCAGGCGCAAAGAGGAACCUCCUCAACAACACCUACUCCCUGCCACUGGCCUCGACCUCUCCAAUGGGAAGAUUGAUGACCUGCGUCUCUCUAUGAUCCGCUACUUCGGCAUUCCGCGGGCUCACUCCGGGGAAAGGAGCCCAGAGCAGCCCCUGAUUUUGGAUGCCUCAUAGUCUUCAUCCAGGCAACCCUUGGUUCACACCCUGGAAAUGGGUGGAAGUUUGAGUGAUUUUUAGUCCAUUGCAGCACUUCUGCUAAAUCCCGCCACAGAAGUCUCCUCGACCUCCCCACUGCUCCCCUAAAUAUCUGUUGGGGGCUCUUUUUCACCUAUUCCCCAGCCUGCAACUGUUGUGUGAGCAAUUCCACACUCCCUAUCAAACUCGUUACACCCUGGAACUGACUUUAAAGGUUUUGGGCCCUCAUGGGCCUUGAAGGGGACUUUUGGAGGAAGGGGGACGGAGGGGCGUUUUUCCUAAGCCUCAGGGAUCAUUAAAUUCAGCCUCUCCCAGACGAGGCGUAUCUUUCCAAAUGCGCUACUCCUUACCUAGGAUAAGAUAUUGAUAAUUACUAUUUUUUAUUGAAUGAGAUAUAUAAUAUAUACUGUGUCUGUAUAUAGAGAAGAAGAU